AUGAUUGUAGGUCCCAUAAAAGCACUUUUUAUGGAUGAAAUACCAACUGGCUUAGACAGCUCCACUACUUUUCAAAUAGUUACAUGUCUCCAGCAAUUGGUGCACAUCAAUGAUGCAACAGCAGUGCUUUCACUCCUCCAACCAGCACCAGAAACCUUUGAGUUGUUUGAUGAUCUUAUAUUGAUGGCAGAGGGGAAGAUAAUAUACCAUGGCCCCUGCAGUCAAGCACUCCAGUUCUUUAAGGAUUGCGGUUUCUGGUGCCCUGAAAGAAAAGGAGUGGUAGACUUUCUUCAAGAGGUAACCUCUAAGAAGGAUCAAAGGCAAUACUGCAAGUACUCCUUAGGAAAAUGGGAUUUGUUUGAAGCUUGUAUGAAGAGGGAGAUUCUUCUCAUGAAACGAAACUCGUUUAUCUAUAUAUUCAAAACUGUGCAGCUUACAAUCACUGCAAUCAUAACAAUGACGGUCUUUUUGCGCACACAACUUGACGUGGACUUGUUAGGAUCAAACUAUUUAUUAGGUUCACUGUACUAUACACUUGUACGCCUAAUGACAAAUGGAGUUGCCGAGUUGAUAAUGACUAUUACUAGACUACCCGUUGUUUAUAAGCAGAAAGCAUUCUAUCUCUAUCCAGCUUGGGCUUACUGUCUUCCAGCUGCCAUACUAAAGAUUCCAUUUUCAGUCCUUGAUUCUCUUGUUUGGACAUCAAUAACAUAUUAUGUUAUAGGAUACAGCCCAGAAAUAACAAGGUUCCUCCGCCAGUUCCUUUUGCUUAUCGCUCUGCACAUGUCAUCAACCUCUAUGUGUCGUUCCCUUGCUGCAGUUUUUAAAACUGAUGUUGCAGCUACAACUGUUGGUUCUUUGGUCUUAGUACUCAUGUUCUUGUUUGGAGGCUUUAUUCUUCCUCGACCAUCAUUACCAAAGUGGUUGAGGUGGGGUUUUUGGCUUUCUCCCAUGUCAUAUGGGGAAAUAGGAAUAACACUCAAUGAAUUUCUUGCUCCUCGCUGGCAAAAGAUUCAAGAGGGAAACAUCACCGUUGGAAGAGAGGUUCUCAAGAGUCGUGGUUUAGACUUUGAUAUCAACUUUUUCUGGAUAUCAAUUGCAGCAUUACUUGGUUUUGCAAUAGUAUUUGAUAUCCUAUUUGUAGUAGCAUUAACUUACUUAAAAGAAAUGGUUGAAAAGGAGGAAAGUGAUACAGAAGCUUUUAAAGUUUUUUUUGGAAAGGAGUGUCCAGGCAGGGUACGCUGUUAUGGGAGAAACAUAACUAAAACUUCCUUAAAGAUAAAGGCAGAGAUUAAUGCUUUGAAACAAGCCCACAGUGAAGAGGUCUCUACAUUAAGGGACGAGUUUCAAGAUAAGAUUGAUAGAUUGCAAAAUGAUUUUAAGACCGUAAUACAACAAUGCAAUCCUCAAAUUAAUAUAGAGUCAAUUGAAGAUUUUGUUAGGAUUAUCUCAUGGAGAUGCUAA